GGAUAUUGAUAAUAAUUGCUGGAUGUGCAUUAUUGAGUGGAAUUUGAUUAAUAUUUUAAUAAGACCCAAGCCUGUAUUUACUGACCCCGCCCCCGCAAUGAAAUGUUGCGGCUUCUCCGGGUUUGCUAGUCUUCGGUCUUUCCUCCAACAACGAUACUUGUCUAGGCAGAUUGCAACAUCCGAAUUGUAUUAAAAAUAACCAAACCUACCGGCUUACUAUACGACUCGCCUCUCACAAUGCGCCUUCACUACGCCCCCUCGACGGCUCCCACCACCAAGCCGGACGGCACGCCCCUCACCCCUGCAGAACAAGAAUCCACGGCGGACGUCUACACACGUAUCGCUGCUCGACGACACCCUCGCCCUCUAAUCCCGCUUGACCUUACCUUUCUCCACACGCCGCCUGUUGCGGAUGGAUACAAUGCAUUCGUUGGAGCGAUCCGCAAUAACACGGUGAUACCCCAGGACGUGCUGGAGCUUUCGGUGUGUCGCGUCGCGGUGCUCAACCAGGCAGUCUAUGAAUGGAACGCGCAUGCGCCACUGGCACUCAAAGCGGGCGUGACGACAGCGCAGUUGGACGAGGUGAAGCGGUUGCCAGCGUCGACGUUCACGGCAGAUGGGGCGCUAAUUGCCGAGCGAUUGCCGGGCAGUGUGUUGACGGAGGUGCAAUGGGAUGUCCUGCUGUAUACGGAUGCGAUGACGAAAAAUGUCAAGGUGGACGAUGCUGUGUUCGACGCCGUCAAGCAGCGGUUCAGUGAGCGAGAGGUGGUGGAGUUGACGGCGUGCAUUGGGGCGUACAACAUGGUGAGCCGGUUCCUGGUCGCGCUGGAUGUGGGGGAGAAUAACAACAAGAGGAUGAAGGAGGCGGCGGAGAUCGAGGGCGGGGAGCCCUAGCCCUAACCCUAGCCCUGCCCUACACCUAUGCCCUAAGCAUAGCUAGCAAUGCCCUAGCCCUGACAUGUGACCCGCAACAAAGGCAGUGAGCCACAGUUAAAACACAUUUUAUAACGGGCAACUGGCCGAAGAAUGAAUAAUAAAACG